UGUGCUGGUCCCUCAGUUGGUCGCAGCAAUUCGUUGGCAUCGGUCGUGUUUGUGGAUCUCCGAUACCCACCGAGUAUAUAUAUCACCACUUCACUCGAACGGACGGAAUGCUUAUGAGGAAUCGGGCCGAGUGCUUAUCGCGGUAGAAGAAAAAAAGAGUAAUUUGUGAUACCUGUCCGCCGUGUAUUGGCUUGUUGAAGCGGUACGCGCUUAAGUGGUGUUAAUUUUUGAUUAAUUAUUAUCGUAUUUAUUACCCAACGUGAAAGUGAAGUGCAAAAUCGCACGGUGCUCAAGUGCAAAGCCCGUAAAUAAAUUACACUGCCAUAUACAGCCGUGAUCCUUUUCCGUUUAAAUUGCAACUGAUAAUGCAAACGGACUCCGUCUGAAACGAUUUGGAGUGUGAAGGCGAGUGUGCGGACAGCCUCUGAAUAUUGUGGAUAGCUGCCACCGAAAAUGAUACCGCUGGAAGUGCUCUGAUUCCGAUUCCGAUUCCGAUUCCGAUUCCGAUUGCGAUCCAAUCCCCGACCCGGCUCCAUAAUGGAUUCCUACUUCGACUCGGCCAUCGAGUACAACCGCACCAAUCCCAUUAGUUUGGCCAGGACCAGCGAACAGGCCCAAACCGUGCAAAACGAGAAGAACUGGGAAUGGUCAUAUCUUGUGAGAAAAUGUCGCAAUUUGGAGCUGGAGGAGUCGUACGACCUGUACAUGGGUCGAUUGCGAGUGGGUUACCUGUCGCUGUUCAUCCUGAUCCACGUGGCCGUGACCCUGAUCCACACACUGCUGCUGCUGACCACGCCGGAGAUCAAGUACGUGUACGUGGACAUGGUGGCCUACAUGUGCUCCGGCCUGGUCAUUUGGAUAGUGCUGUCCCUGAAUUUCCGCAGUGAGUUGGUGAGCAAGCACGGCUGGAUUGUGUAUGCCACCUCGUGGCUGGCCGUUUGUGUGAUGGUCCUGAUGGACAUUGGGCUGAAUGUCUACCAUGCCACGAGCCACAAUGACAUCCUGAAUCCGAUCUACGAUGCGUAUACGCUGUAUGCCAUAUAUAUGUUCAUGCCGGUGCCGUAUCUGCUGCAGCCAUUUGUCCUCGGCUCAGCGGUCACCUGUUGCUACAUAAUCAACUAUAGUUUUGUGAUCACCGCCAAGGAUGACAAUCAAAUGCACAGCAUCCUGAACGAGGCUAUCUACUUGAGUUGUGUCAAUCUCCUGGGCAUUUUCUUUCGCCUCAUGAGGGACAUUGCGCUGCGAACCACUUUUCUGGAUCGCAGGCAGUACGUGGAGGAGAAUCUGCUGCUGCGGUAUGCCAGGGAUCAGGAGCGGAGUCUUUUGCUGAGCAUCCUGCCCGCCCAGAUCGCAGAUCGGCUGCAGGAGGAUGUGAAGAACCGCAUCGAGCGGUCCAAGCAGCAGCACCAGCAGCAGUCGCAGGUGGAUCUGCGCAGGAGUGCCGACAGCCAGACGCUCAAGCGGUGGCGACAGCCGGAUCAUGGCACCCUCUUCAUUGAACCACACGAGGACGUCACCGUGCUCUACGCAGAUGUGGUGAACUACACCCACCUGACCACCACGCUGGAUGUGAAGAAACUGGUGGAGGCUCUGCACGAUCUCUUCGUGCGAUUCGACAUCGCCAGCGAGGAGUACAAUGUGCUGAGGAUCAAGUUCCUGGGCGAUUGCUACUACUGCGUGGCUGGACUGGCCAAUCCGAAUGCGGAUCAUGCCAAGUGCUGCGUGGAUCUGGGUCUGCGGAUGAUCAAGGACAUUCGCGACGUUAGAGAGAAGCGACACUUGAACAUCGACAUGCGAAUAGGUGUCCAUUCCGGCGACGUUCUGUCCGGAGUAAUUGGAGCAGCCAAAUGGCAGUUUGACAUUUGGUCCAAGGAUGUGGAUAUCGCGAAUAGACUGGAGGCCACAGGAGCCACUGGACGAGUGCAUGUCAGCCAGAAGACGCUAUCUCUGCUGGAUGGCGAGUACUUCUAUGAGGACGGCACCGAGAAGGCUCGAGAGGAUGUGGUGCUGCAGAAGCACGGCAUUCGCACCUUCCUCAUCAAGUCGCUGCGCGCCCCCAUGCACGACCCACGUCGCCGGAUGAGGGAGCAGCAGGCCAAGAAGCUGAGCGAGGCCAGCAAGGCCAACUUCAUGCACAGCUCCACGCUGCACCAGUACAACCAGGUGCGCAACCAGGCCAAGCUCGAGAUGUGCCGCGAGCUGGACAAGAUGCCCAUCGGGAGGAUACAACUAACUAAAGUGUUCCGAAGAAGCACUCGCCUAACCCAGGAUGAAAUUGAGGAGGAGACCUUCCGGCGCAACAUAAGCUCCUGCUGCCUGUUCUUUCGCAUCCGCAACUGGGAGUUCCAGUACAUGCAGGAGCCGGAUGUGAUGCUCAAGUACAGCAUUGCCUUGUCCUGGGUGAUCUACAUGGGUCUGCUGACCAUCCAGCUGCUGAGCAAGGAUGCGCGGUAUCACUACUGGUACAUAGAUGGCACCACGAUAGUCCUGCUCACCAUGCUGCUGAUCAUUUCGUGGUACAAGAAACUCUGGAUCAUGUACAUGUCGGAUGCGGAUGUGUCCUCCCCAAAUGGCAGGCUCAGUGGGCUCCUCUUCCGCCUCUCAGAUGAGAUGCAGCGGAACGUGGUCAUCCGGAUAGUGAUAUACUUCCUCAUCAUUUUCUCCUACAUUGCCGUGGCCAUAAUGCAAGUGCUGGGCUGCAGCAAUGACGAUGAUUAUGCGGAUCUGGAGCCAGGUUUCGAGGAGCGGGUGCAGUGCUUCCAUCCUUGGAUCCUAACCAAUUGCAUGACCCUGAUUAUUGGCAUCUCGUUUUUGUUCACCCGGAUACCUUUUAUUGUCAAAUCCUGUUUCUCCGCCUUGAUAAUGAUAGCCUAUUCAGGGCUGGUGAUCUUUGAAUUCAACUUUAUAUACGCCCUCAGUCCAUCCACAAAUGUCAACUUUAAUGCCAAGUACUCGCACACGCUGCUGAUGCUGAUCACAUUGGGCAUUUUUCAUCUGAUGGAGCGCCAAACGGAGUUUAUUGCCAAAGUGGAUUACAACUGGAAAAGACAACUACUGAAAAAGCAGGAAGAUGCCUUGAUCACCAAUGACACCAUUAAAGUACUACUCACCAAUAUUUUGCCCACGCACGUUGCCGAUUUUUAUCUGUCCAACCAACUGCAGAAUGAACUCUACUACGAGGAGUACGACAAUGUGGCCGUAAUGUUUGCCUCGAUCAAAAACUUCGACACCGACAAGAUCGGACUGCGAGUGCUCAACGAGAUUAUCUGCGACUUUGACGAUGUGCUGAACAAGUACUCGCAGAGCCUGCGCGUGGAGAAGAUCAAGGUGGCCAACUGGACGUACAUGGCGGCCUGUGGUCUGGACGUUUCCCGUUCGGAGCAGGUGAAUGCCCCCCAGAUGAAGUUCCACAACUUGUCCCUGAUGCCGAAUGGACGGAGGAGUCGCUACGAUGGAGCCCGCAGCUCAAACACAGACGGAGUGCAGCGGGUGCCGUACGGAAAUGGGAGCAACAUAGCCCUGGAUCUCGACUUGGAGCGCGGUCAGUACGAGGGCAAUGUGGUUACGAGUGCGGGACCACGGAUCAGUGCCACCCCGAAUGGGAGCAGUAGCAACGAGGUGGUGCGGGUGAUGGCCGAGUUUGCCCUGGAUCUGAUGAGGACCAUGAGGCGUUUCAAUACGGAGAACAUGCAGACAGAGUACGAGGGCAGCACCGACUAUGGCAUGCUGAGGAUUGGCAUUUCGCAUGGCAGGGCCAUGGCCGGCGUGGUAGGCAUUUCGAAGCCGCACUACGACAUCUGGGGCAAUCCCGUGAAUAUGGCCUCCCGCAUGGACUCCACCGGAGUGCCCGGGAAAAUACAGGUCACCGAGAACACCGCCCUUAAGUUGCGCGAGUUCAACAUCCAGUGCAACUAUCGGGGCAUGACCUUCGUCAAGGGGCGCGGCAAUAUACCCACCUACAUCAUCGGCACCGACAGCGAUUACCAAUUCCUGCCGCAUCGCCCGAACACGGCAAAAAAAGAAGACUAGCUGAAUUUACCAGAGAUUAGACCUAAGGCAUCCAUGUACAUAGCAUAGAUUUAACUUGUGCACAUUUAAUGGUUAAAUAUGUGGUAGUUUUUAACUUAAAUCCAUUUUAAAAUUAAAUGUGCUCAAGAACUAAAA